AUGCCCAUUUUGGAACGCCGUCGACCAGGCCAGCGGCGGCCCGAAAGAAGAGUAGUGGACGACGACGACGAUGUCCCGGGAAGCGACCUCCCCGAAUACGAGACCCUUGCCUGUCCCCUCUCGGCGGAGGCUAAGCGUGCCAUCGCGGACCUCUCGAACAGCCGUGAUGUUCACCGCUAUCAGAACCACGUAAAGACCUCCAUACGACACCUUGGCUUCUCCGUCGUCGGCAUCAACGACGCCAUCCGUACCCGCCACGAGACCCUGAAGCGUUUUGCCGAAAAGCGUGCCGAGUCCAACGAUCUCGAAAGCCAGGAGAAGUCACAGCGCGAGCUCGACGUAGAAGCCCAUACCGCGGCCCUCGAAGAAGAGAUUCCACGUCUUACGGCCGAGGCUGAGGCCGCCCUUCGUGACCUCAUCGACAGGCAAAUCGAACUCGACGACGAGAAGGCCGCCUUGACGGAUACGGUGUCGUACUUCCAGGCCCUCCCCGAGCAAGCGCCGCGACAGCGCAGACGUCCACGUGCGGUAGCCAAUGCCGACGACUCAAAUGCAGAGGAGGAUGGCGAUGCCGUGGACGACCUACUCCCGCCGCCGGACCAGUCCGUCAUCGACAUUCUCCGCCAGAAUCGCGCAGAUAAGGCCCGCGAAUACCAGCGCCAAACCGCAUACCAACGCUAUGCUCUGAACAAUGACUAUGCUGCCUUCAAGAAGCUCUGGCACGAUGCCGUGCACGGCGACACGGAGAUGCCUCUACCUAACGCCAAGCACUGGUUCGACAACGCUGGGAACCCCAUCAUGCCAAUGCGCCGCAGCCCCGCGAAUACUGGGGAUGAACCCGGCGCUCAAGCGGCCGACCAGAGCGACGAGGACAUUGUUAUCGCUGGCGAGGUCAGGGAUUAUAGGUGCCCGCUAUCCAUGCAGCUGUUUGAGAACCCGGUCAGCAACAACGUGUGUAGCCAUACGUACGAGAAACAGUGGAUCGUCGACAUGCUGCGCAAGGCUCCAAACGAGCGUGUGCAGUGUCCCGUUUCGGGCUGCUCCAGGGAACUGGGUCUCGACGACCUGUAUGAUGACCCGGUGAUUCUGCGCAAGAUGAAGCGUGCCCUGGAAGAACAGCGACGUCUCGACGAGGAGGAGGCCGAGGAGAGCAGCUCCGACGUUGAAGAUGAGGACGAGCCUCGCCCGGUGAAGCGUGAGGCUCGCUCCAAGAGUCACAAGCGCAAGGUUGAAGAGAUUGACGACGAGUGA